GAUUCGCUGGUGGUCACCCACCCAACUACUAACCUCCCGGCGUGUGGCUUAAGUACGGCUGAGCGGACGGGAAGCCCUGUUUUCCACACCCUGUGGUCGUAUGUGUUCGUUCGGAGCCUAAACUACAUCACGUACCAGUGGAUUAAACAGUGCCCAGUAACCAAGAAUGUCAUGGUCUUGGAAGCAUACACGAAUGUCUGUUCACGUCACGGGGGGUCAACACGGAAGUCAACUCCGCCUAGGACUGUAGGGCUACUUAGUUCAUGCACCGUCAAUCUAAGUUUCUUUUGGGCUGGAAGAAGGGCCUCAAAGUAGCUCUGCAAGUCCUUGCGUUGAUCUUGUCACCAGGGACCAUAGGUGUAGCUCAAAUUGGCAUGUUGAGGCUACCGGAGAUUGUGCAUGAGUCAGCUAGUCAGUGGGGAUACGUCAG